UUCGAUGUUGUCUCGGUAUCCGAAUUAAGCCCGGGUUUCAAAAUCGGGUAUUCCCAUUAUUCAAUCCUAGCCGCUUUUGAAAAUUCCCCCAAUUUUUUUUUUCUCCAAUUCGCGUUCAGAUCUGUUCCUUCUUCCUCAUCGAUCUUCAAAUCAAUUGUUAAAAUAACAUGGGUUAUAAGCGAACUUUUGACGCUGAGGAUAUGCAAGAGCUCAACGUGAAUCAUGCAAGACAGAUUGGUUAUUACAACAAGCUGGCCAAACUAGAUGAAGGAGUUCCAUAUCAUGUUUCUUUGGAGAAGCCAGGUGUUGUCAUAGCAGGAGACGAUCUGAGUGAUCUCUAUGGGUUUAAAAGUGAGGAUAACCUUGAGAAGGGGUUUGAGAGUGAUGCACCUUUCUCUUGGAUGACCUCUUUUGAGGAGGAUUCUCAAUCUGGUGGGACGACGACUCAGUCUACUCUCUCUGAUGAGUCUCCCGAGUCAGAUUUCCUCUGGAGACCAGUUUGCCUUGAAGAAGAUGUCGAGUGGUGUCAGAGUUCUCCUGAUAAACAAGUUCCAAUCGGAUCAGAUCACCAGGCCGACAUUCCUGAAUGUGUCAAGGAUAAAGUCCGUGAUGCUGUCGAUGACAAUGAAGAACAAGUGAUGAUGAUGGGGAAGUGCGUCAUUCCAAUGCCUGACAGUGAAACUGACGAAAUUGGUAAAGGAAGAAAGGAAUGCGUGUGCAUGGAUAAAGGGUCCAUCAGAUGCGUGCAGCAGCACAUCACGGAGAACAGAGAGGCAUUGUUCGAAACUAUUGGAUACGAGAGAUGUCUCGAGUUAGGUCUCGGUGAAAUGGGGGAGGAAGUUGCUGGUAAGCUAACCGAAGACGAGGAGGAUCUAUUCCACGAGGUUGUUUACUCCAACCCGGUUUCGCUAGACCGGGAUUUCUGGAAAGAACUAAAGUCUGCGUUUCCUUCACGGACCAUGAAGGAGAUUGUGAGCUAUUACUUCAACGUCUUCAUCCUGCGAAGACGAGCUGUACAGAAUCGGUCUAGAAGCCUGGACAUCGAUAGUGAUGAUGACGAGUGGCAAGUAGAGUAUGACAACACGUUUCAGCGUCCCGAAACUCCGGGAAAGAGCCUCUCAAGAGUUGAAGAAGAAGAGGAAGAAGAGGUGAAUACUGAAGAAGAUUCAUGCAUGUCCUAUGACUUCAAGUCCAAUACAUUCUCCACUCGGUGUCCAGUUAGAAAGAGAGAAGAAUCCAACGUUGGGAACUACUGGCGCCACUGCAACGAUUUUGUGGAGGAUCAUCAUCCGUAUUCAUUUGAUCCUUGUGAUUCGAUACUAGCAGAUCAGUUUUGGAGUAAGAACAUUGAUCUUCUUCCAACUUCGAACAUCAUCGACGAGAUCUUUGGUCAAGACCCAUGGGAUGAUGAUUUCUUUAGGGGAAAGUAAGAUGAAGAAGAAGGUCUGCAAUCUUCUUCAUUUGUUACUCUCUACCUCUAGUUCUGAAUCUUGUGUAUGUAAAUGCUUUUAUUUAAAAGACAAUCCCAAGUUUGGAAGUUUUCAGGGAGUACUCUGUAUAGUGUAACCCCUGCAGUCUUUUUUGUAUUUUUAACCUUUUUGUAAAUUAGAAUUAGAUUUUUCUUGUAAGAAGAAGCAAAAAUCUUCAAAAAACUGUUUAAUAAACUAACUUUUUCAUCUGUAA